CUUUCUUCUCAAAUACAAUUAUACAAACACAUUCUUCUCUUCUCUUCCUCUCAAAUCAAUUUAUUUUCUUUUUUUCAUAUUUUUCUUCUAAUUUUCCCUUUGCAUAAUUUCUCGCGUAACGGAAAGCCAUGAAAUUCGGAAAGAGCCUGAGCAGCCAGAUCGAGAAAACCCUGCCGGAGUGGCGUGACAAGUUCCUCUCCUACAAGGAGCUCAAGAAGAAGCUCAAGCAAUUCGACCCUCCCGCCGCCGCCGAUGAGCGCCCCGGCAAACGCCUCAAGUCCGACGCCGUUCCCGACGCCGCCGACAUGUCGAAGGAGGAGAGCGACUUCCGGAACCUGCUGGAGAAUGAACUCGACAAAUUCAACACCUUCUUCGUCGAGAAGGAGGAAGAGUACAUUAUCAGACUCAAGGAGUUACAAGAUAGGGUUGCCAAAGUUAAGGAUUCAAGUGAAGAGAUGAUGAAAAUCCACAAGGAAAUUGUGGACUUCCAUGGAGAGAUGGUCUUGCUGGAAAACUACAGUGCCCUUAACUAUACAGGGCUAGUGAAAAUACUUAAAAAGUAUGACAAGAGAACUGGUGCUCUCAUUCGCUUGCCCUUCAUUCAGAAGGUCUUGCAACAACCUUUCUUUAUCACUGACUUGCUCUACAAGCUUGUAAAAGAGUGUGAAACAAUGCUGGACCGCCUUUUCCCUGUGAAUGAUCCUGCUCCAGUUUCCAGUGAGACAACUCCCCAAGCUGAAGGUUUUGAUCCUUCAACUUCAACCACUACCAAGAGUGAUGGUUUGCUGAUUCCCAAGGAAUUAGCUGAGAUUGAGUACAUGGAGAGCCUUUAUAUGAAGAGUACUGUAUCAGCUUUGCAUGUUUUGCAGGAAAUUAGAAGUGGAAGCUCAACAGUUAGCAUGUUUUCAUUGCCACCGUUGAAAAUAAGUGGUUCAGAAGAAACAUGGAAGAAAAUCCCGGUUCUGGAACAAACAGCCAAGUAACCUGCUGGGUUACGUUGAGAGCAAUGUAGUGGGAUGUGGUUAUUUUCCCAUCUAUUUUUUUCAUUUAAAUCAGAUACCUCUGUUAUGCACGCCUUAGAUACUAACACAGAUGUAAGAUUCUAAAUGUAAAGAUGGAAUUAAUUUUAUAGAAUUAUAGGUUCCAUAUAAUAAAACCUCUGGAUUUUGAAGAUGUUAUGUUUUGACAUUUUGCUGACGCACGUAUUCAGUAUGUAAUGUAAUUAUAUAUUCCAUUUUUCUGCUUCAUAAUACAAUGUUAUAGGAUGCAUUUGGAGGUUA